AUGCAUGUUCUCACUAUCGGCGGAAGUGGCCGUACUGGCAAGCUCGUUAUCGAAGAGCUACUGCGACGAGGACUUGGAGUUACAGCUCUGGUGCGGGACCCGGUGGCGAUGGAAGGCUUCGACGGCAUCAAGCUUGUCCAAGGAGCACCAACGAGCAUUUCCGAUGUGAGGAGAGCGUUCAACCACUUUAUCCCUGACGUCGUGAUCGUCACUCUGAAUGCCCCACGAGCCUCCGACAACCCGUUCGCCGCCCCGAGAUCGCCGCCGCGACUCAUGGCAGAUAGCAACGCCAAUGUGGUAACGGCUAUGAAAGAGGUCGGGGUGAAGAAACUUGUCAUCUUGCAAGCCUUUGGCGUGGGCCACUCGUGGCCCAACAUGUCUUGCUUACUGCGCGGAUUGAUGAGCAAGUCAAAUAUGAGCUAUCAGUAUGAAGAUCACAACCAUACUGAUCAAGAGGUUCGAGAUAGUGGGGUCACAUAUGUAAUGGUCCGCCCGGCUAGGCUGGUGGAGACGGAUGUGACAACGGUGCGCGAGUGGCCUCAGAAUGGAAAGGGUGUGCCCCUGAUGGCGAGUGCAAGCCGGAAAAGCGUGGCUUCUUUUCUCGUGGACGCUGCCACUGAGUCGCGGUGGGAUAACAGCGCGCCAGUUAUCACGAACUGA